UUAUCACAUCAGUACAGCCUCUAUGUAAAGCAGGUGGAGUUUCUCUCUGUGUUUGUGUGGGUGGAUUUAAUUUCAGAAGCGACUGAAGAAAGCGACAGUAAAAACCUAAACCCAUGGGCCUGAAACAUUCCGCCCCUAAGUUGUUCCCGGGGGACAUCGUGGAGUACCCCAGGAACAAGUACUUCUCCCACUACGCGAUUUACUACGGAGAGAGAGACGGUGUUCCCUACGUGGCUCACCUGACAUGUCGAGAUUCCGACGCCAAGCUCCUCCUCUUUGGCCGAGCUCUGAGGUCAGAGGUCAAACUGGAUCCACUGGAGAUGCUGGGGAAAAAAUACAAGGUCAGCAACAUGCUGGACGACUCGUUCUCGGCCAGAGACUUCCACAGCGUGGUGAAGCCGGCCAUCGACGACAUGAUGGGCCGCGAGGUGACGUACGACAUCCUGUUUCACAACAGCGAGCACCAGGCCACGCUCUUCAGAUAUGGAGUCAAGAAGUCGGAGCAGAUAGAGAAGAUUUAUGAAUACAUCAUGCCGGCCUGGAAGAAGCUGUUUGAGAACAAGAAACUGUGAGAAACUGUUUUACCUGCAGUUUUCACCUCAGCCACUGGAGGGAGCCAUUGCCCCCUGAUCGCAUGUAAGAUUCAGAGAAUAAACUUGAGAUAUUCUGAGUAAAAAGUCAAAGUGUUGUUACAAUAAAGUCGUGAUUUAGACAAAAAGAGUAGCCAUAUUACGAGAUAAAGUUUUUAUUUUAAGAGAAAAAAUAAGGAAAUGUUGUUCCUUAAGAUUCAACUGGGCUUCAUUCUCAGAACAUUCUUAAAAUAUUUUGACUUUAUUCUCAAAAUGUCCAGAUCCCAAUACUCAAUACUCAACUCCCAAUACUGGUUCAUGCUAAUAUUAUCAUUAUUAUUAUUCUGUGUUAAUGUUUUUAAAAUGAGUGAAGAAAUGUGCUGAAACAUGUGGUUUGAUGAUCUGUCAAGAAUAAAGUUUCUUUUUAUUUUAA